AUGCGGCGCUUUCAUAGGUAUUUCCGCGCAAGCGAGGGAGGGUACGUAGAUACGUGCAUUCAUUUACUGCAGUGGUGCAGCGCGAGGAGGGAGAAAAGAAGCGUCUGGGCAAAGAAAGGAAGGGGGAAGUGGCGUGGCACUAAAAUGGGGGGUGGACAGUCUUCUUCCGACGUCGCCGUGGAGACGCACAUCAAAAAGUGGGAAUCUGCUCUGAAGGAACUCGAGCAGGUGGCCCGCACAAAUCGAGGCAUGAUGGACCAGGACCGAAUUUACUCCAACGCCGGGGGCUUAACGGAUCAACGCCCAAGCACGGGGGAGGACGGAUUGGAUCCAUCGGCGCGUGGGAUGCGCCGCUCCUCGCAGGUGUCAUUUGGCGCCUCGGCCUCUGCCUCUGCCCUUGUCGCCGGUGCUAGUCAACAGCAGGUGCCGCAGGUAGUACUGCCACAGGCAUCACAGCAGCGGCCCAACCAGACGUCCACAGAGGCCAGCCCGCGCACGUUGGCGAUUGGCGUCUCUUACGCGGCCGCGGCGAACAACAAUAGCAUCACGGAUGCCUCAAAGAUGGCCUCCUCAACGGGGCAGCACACGAAACAUAAGCGUCAGGAAGUUUUGGGGAUCCGUAAGGCGCGCAUGAAUUUCUUUAAGAGUUACGAGAUUGAACGGCCGGAGGAGGAUGCCAGCCUUAUGGAGUGCAGUCAUUUCGGAGCAACGGCGGUGGCGCUCUCGUAUCUGCUUGGGGGCGAAAAGGGAUGUAAAGACCGCAAGAAACGAGUUACCGUUGAGGAUAUUUUUUUUGCAGCGCAUGUCCCGCUGCAUUACCUUCAUGGUGGUGUUCAGGGACUUCCGGUAAUGUCAGAUAUAAUACGCGAUUUCAUUAGCGUGGACAACCGCUUCAAAAAUGAAUAUGGCCUCUCUGUCAUGCACUUUGACAUUUCACCGACGCUUGGCCAGGUGGAGCUCGGUAGUAAUGAUGUCGGUGACCGGCAGAGACGAAUGCAGUUACCAGAGUUCAGUAAGGUUAUCACACAUGACUGCGAAGAAGAAACACAACUUAUCCGCAUUGUUAGCUAUGACCCAUACGUAUUGCAACAGGAGACCCUUGUGGACGCAUUUGAUGAUGAGGAUGAGGGUCAUUCUGCACUGGCGGCAUCGGCACUUAUAAAUGCACGCCAUGCUGCGCCUCUCUACGGGCGAAACAACAGAGGCGCCUACGCCGUUAUUGUGGAUGUGCGCAACGUGGUGCAACUAAUGGUGACACUUGCCGAAGGUGUUGUUGGGGAAUCGCUCCAUGUGAAGCUGAUGGAGGUUUCGGCGGCUGCGCUCUAUAAGGCCAUGACGAUUGUUAAUAGUGGUGGACGAAGCCGCGGGUUUAUCCGUAUCUUCCGAAAGGACAGCGUGCCUGUGAUGACAAACGACGAGGUACAAUCCAUGUUUGCCCCAGAAUUAAGCAGCGGUAAAGUGAUUGGCUCAACGCUACAGGGUAUUCAUGCAUCUGUGGUAUCGACACAUAUCAGUCCUCACAUUGUUGCUGUUGCCUGGGCGAUGCAUCUGCUUGGCGGCGUGCGUCCAAAUUCCCAUGGGUACGGUAACGGUUUGCCUGUAUCGGACAUUAUUCGUCAGAUGCGUUUCCCGGCCGAUGUCUUUAUUGACGGCUCGCUGCCGUUGGGAGAGGUGUUCAGGUACGCGCGCGAGUACGUGCGCAUCACCAACCGCAACUAUAAUGUUGCCGUCUAUCCGGUCUUGACGAAAAUUUCGCGUGACGAUGCGGUGCCCACCAUAUCCGUCUUUGAACUGGAGUCGAUCAUCAUUGAUGUGCAGAAUGCAAAUGAAGAUCCAGAGGCGCCGGAGCACGUCAUGGCCAUUAUGUACAAUGCGAACGUGGCUCACAAUGUUUUGAACAUCUCGAAAGUCCCUCAAUGGUGCCUGCUGGCCGGCUACGACUUGGAGACGCAGAUGGUGCUCCUCAUCGAUGCGCACUCGAAGAAAUUUAUGCAAACCUGGACCUGCCCCCUCGAUCGCCUGCACAAGGCAAUGACGUCUAACGGCUACAUCAUAUUUUCUAAAUCACGAGAGGCGGCAUCUCGCAACAAGUCAAGUGAAAGCAGCACAUGUGGCGGCUCUCAGGUGUUGGGGUUUGUGCCAGAGCCAGCACUCGUCGGUGCCCCACGUCGCAUUGCGUCUACUGUCCAGAGUCGUCUAGAGCUGCUUCAAGAACAGGAGUCGCUCGGCGGGGGGCGUACGGAAGUUGUCAAGACAUUUCAUUUUCCGUCCUUGCCGCUGAGCUCGACCAUGAUUGCGCUUGCCUUGACCAAAUUGGGUGUGCCUACGACUUUUGAAGAUGUGAUCAUGGCGUUGCCGUUUGAGAUCUCCUCGUUGAUGCUGCGUUAUUUUACAGUGGAGUCAUUGGCGGUUUGUCUGACGACUUACAUCGCCACUGUUGGCCUUUCGAUGGAUGUGCAAACGUACCACACCGACCACUGCUGUGGGGGCGAUCCUCGCAUUUUAUGGGAGGACUUCAGGAACCUCGUCGUGGAGAGCGUCAAGAACACCAACCGGGUUCUUUUUUUGCUCUUCAAUAAGGAAAAGAUUGAAAUAUUUGGUGCCUCCCAUCCGUUUGGUUCCACCGGCAUUGUCGUUGACUACAACUCGGCGACGGAGAGUCUGACAAUGAUGGACAGUAAUCCGAACAGUUAUUUCCGCACGUGGCCGGUUUCACUGAAGACUCUCUACGAGGUGCUGCUGGAUGAGGACGCGAAACACCGUCGCUCCGGCUGCGUCACGUUGACUCUUCGUGAGGGGCGAUGCAAGUCAUGCUUCCCGCUACAGUACACACGUGAGUUUCCACUGCAUAUAUUGCCGGUACAAAACAUCUUUCACGUGAGCCCAUCGCCACACUUCCAGGCCCUUUCAUUUGCCUUUGCGCAGCUCGGUUUCUUCUACUCUCCAGAGGAGAUCUUUUACGAGGCGUACCUCAAGACGAUGGCUGACCAGCGUCGGCGCGGCAGUCAAGCCUUUGCGUGGCGGGAUGUGGACGUUUCGCUUACGGUCAUUAACAAGCAGAUUGACGCCCGCUUUCUUGCGCAGGUCUGCCGCAUGUUCAUCGAAUCCCGCAACCCGAAAAAGAGCAGUAAACCAGGCACACUGAGGCGUACCAGUGGCGGUGGUGGCAAUGCAAGCAACGGCAAGAGUGAUGCGGACACGAUUCAGGUGGAGCUGCUGGACGACGUGGAAUUGGACGAUCUUCCCACCAUCUUGAUGGAUGCCACACGGCGCGAGGACAACAGAUCGGUGCUGCUGCUUAACUACGACACCACCAAGGCACACGACGUGGAUCGGUGGGGCCGCAGCGUCGCGUUGGUGAAGUCGUACAACCCCGAGACGGAGAUGGUUGAACUGUGGGAGGGCGAGCAUGCCGUCUUUGGCCUCAACUUUAUCGUCAGUCUCGCCAAACUGAUUGAAAUUGGCGACCUGCAAAACGAGGGCCGCAGUGCGUACGGAUUUGUGAAGUUGGAGAGGGUUAAGGAACGUGCGGUGCCGAAGCGGCUGACUUUGAUGAAGGGCCCCGACCCCGACGAUGAGGACCCUGUCACCAGCACAACAAGUCCUUCAGCGUCUCAGGGGAAUAACAACGUGGCACGCCGAAACCGUGGGAUGGUGACAACCUUCCUUGGGGAGAAACCUCAUGAAGAAAUUUGA